AUGGUGCGCAAAGCAGCCGCUUGCCAACCAUCUCAAGACAAAGACACAAUGACUAACCCAUAUCUCAAACAGGCAUCCGUUCGUCGUCCUGAGAUAAAUCGCUAUGAGACCACAACGGUAUACACCCAUCCAGAAGCCAAAGUCGAUAUCGUCCUCAUUCACGGCCUCAAUGGGGAACCAAAGUCGACAUGGACCGCAAACAACGUCUUCUGGCCGCUAGAUCUCUUGCCAGCGGCCCUCAAAGACUCGCACGCCAACAUUAUGGUGUACGGAUAUAAUGCAGAUGUCUCUUCCAAUUGCAACGAUCGGACGCCAAGCAACAACUUCAUAUAUCAGCACGCACAAUCUCUCGUCACGAACCUCACAUUCCAUCGAAGAAGCGAAGGGACUUUCAAGAACCCUAUUAUCUGGGUUUGUCACUCCCUAGGAGGUAUCAUCGUCAAGCAAGCUCUGCUCUACUCCUCCGAUACCCAUGAACCUCACCUCCAAGACCUCCGAUCCAUAUUCGUUUCAACCUUUGGGCUCAUCUUCUUGGGCACACCGCACAUGGGAUCGGAUGCGGCAUCUUGGGGUCUUGUGCUUCAAGCUAUGGUUGACGCUGUGAUCCCCAAAAGGAUCAUUUACUCAGAGCCUGUUCUUCUGAGGACGCUCAAGAAGGAUAGCGAGACGCUUGCGAAUAUCAGCAAUCACUUUUUGGAUAUUUAUCGGCGUUUUGAGGUCCAUAUGGUCCAUGAAAAUCAGAAAACCGAUAUCAAGGGCAUCAAGGUUACCAUUGUAGAUGCGAAUUCGGCCGGACCUCUAUUGCCAGGAGUGACCUACUACGGCAUCGAAGCAAAUCACUCCAACAUGUGUAAGUUCGAGAGCACAAGCUCCCCGGGAUUUCGGAAUAUCGCCACUACUAUACAACAAUGGGUGGAUAAAGCCCCUUAUCUGAUCCAGGGAAGGUGGCUUAUUGAGGAGCAAGAGAGUCAUAAUCGUGCUGUCGCAAAUGCCAGAGAGAUCAUGAUCAUGUCGCCAUUGGCAGUAUCACCUUAUCCUUCGUACUCCCAAAAAGAAGAUGAUGAGAGUGGAAGCAGGGAGGUUCAGAGGAUCAUGGGGGGACGAUCUUUGCCUUCGUACCACCGUAUGCCGUCUCAUCGACAACUGCUUUCUACUGGCGAGAGUUUCUCUACAGCUCUGCCAAAUAGUUUCUUUGGGGGUACCCUUCAUCCUCCAUCGGCUGCUCACGGAGGCUAUAGAUCACAGCUAACAUUACCCAAUCCCGCUCCCAGACCAAGCACGGCAAGCCCACAGAUGCCUGCCUUUCAACGAAUCGGCUAUUUGCCCCCGGUUGCAGCUGGUGCAUCUGACAACGUCGCUUCUGGUCAUUCAGCCUGGCAGUUGCAACAAGAACAAGAGAACUGCCAAGUGGCUUCUCAACCAGAGGUCCUCUCUCCCCCGAGACAAGAUAUUCCCGCUGAGAGUACAAACAUGACGAGAUCAGGGUCUGGAAGCUUCCAAUUCAACGUGUACCCCUUCCAGACAAGACAAUCACAGCUCGCACACCUUCAGACUUUGUGUCCUUCGGAGAUCGAGUCGCCACCGCCCAAGAACAAGGAUGAUGGGACAUGA